GCUCAAUAUGCUCAAAUUCCUGAUCCCAAGAAGAUUGAUUUUUUGGUCAAAACUCUCCGAUUAUCAGCUGCUGAAGAGGUUAGUGAUUGACAAAAUUACCAAUUAUUCAUGUCACAAUCUACUCGAUACCGUUGCCGAUUUUAUAAUGACAUAAUAUCAGUCGACUGAGUAAAGGUGACGUCAUUCAUGUCGAUUUUUUAACAAUAAUUUUCAACGCAACAUGUUACUGCAAUCAAAGAUCGUUACAACCGUUAAUAAAUGGCACACUUCGCGCAUUAAUUUAACAUAUUGCGUCAGAACGCAACGUGUAUCAAUGUGCAAUGCAUAUAAUUUUUAAGGUGUGUAUUUUCUCAACAAUCGGUUUUAGACAAUCGGAAAUAUAGAUAAUUCUACCGAUUCCGAUUGUCUACCGAUAAGACAAAAAUCGGCCCGAUACCGAUUAUCGGUCAAUCACUAGAAGGUAUAAAAAAAUAUUUGUCAAUUAUAGAUAAAUAAAGAUAAAUUAUAUCCUCAUUUUUCCUGCACAAAAGGGUAUGGUCAAGCGCAUGUGUGAGUCCACGAUAAUGGCAGGAGAAUGUCUGCCAAAAUUGGAGUAGAAAUGGGAAAGCAACACGUUUAAUCUAAGAAACAGCUAAAAGUCAUAGGAAGUUCACCGCAUCUUGUGAUAAGAAGCAGUUGUACAGUACUUAUAUAAGAAAUUUUACCCCUAUUGAUUGAUCUUGUGUCUUUCAAAGUAAGGAGCCAAUGGGUGGAUGUUUGACCAUGUUUCUCCCAGAGAAAUUUUGAAUUUCUAGUGUCGCUAGAAAACCUUUUCUGGGACAAUGUGGGGUAGGAUGGUUAGAGCCCCCUUUGCCCCUGAGCCCCUCCCCCUCUGGCUAUACAGCACUGCCUUUGGCAACAGUUCUUGCCCUGAAAAGUACUUGAUCUAGCUUAAAACGCACCUGCCCAUGCCUACUGUAGGUACUCUUUUACAAGAGUCCUUCGGGCUAUACCCUACCAGGCUAUACCCUACCAGGCUAUACCCUACCUGGCUAUACCCUACCAGGCUAUACCCUACCAGGCUAUACCCUACCAGGCUAUACCCUACCGGGCUAUACCCUACCGGGCUAUACCCUACCAGGCUAUGCCCUACCAGGCUAUACCCUACCAGGCUAUACUCCACCAGGCUAUAUCCUACCAGGCUAUAUCCUACCAGGCUAUAUCCUACCAAGCUAUAUCCUACCAGGCUAUACCCUACCAGGCUAUACCCUACCAGGCUAUACCCAAUGCACUUGCAGGCUAUACUCUACCAGCGGGCAGGGGUGGAAGAAGUAGGCGAGCACGCGAGCACUGCUCGCAGGAAAUGUUAAACAGCUGCAGGAAAUUCGUUUGAAUGAAGAUUUGCCAUUGAAAAUUUGAAGGAAACCUUAAGACUUACGUCCCACUAUGAGCGCAACAACAUAUGGUUGACAGACAUUAUUCCUUGAAUUUAAAACCAUGCCCAGCUAGAACACUAUGUGCUUAUGCACUACAGUAUAUGCAGAUUUAGCACAAAAAUACUCCGUUGGUUUCCAGGAAAUUUUUGUCUCUAGGUUGUGCUCCAUGCAGGAAGAAAAUUAUUUUUUCUGCCCUGCCAGCGGGGCUGUUUUUUCUCACAUAUGGGCCUCCAUAAGUGGCCUCCAUAUUAGAAAACGAUUAAAACUGCAGUAUCAUGUUAUUGCUUGCUUUCUUACAUUCAAAUAUAUUAAUGCGACUUUAACAUCCUGUAGGUACGGCAAAUGUCUGGCGUAUUAAUUAGAAGGUUAUUUUCAUCAACUGUCGAACUUUAUGAAAGUCUAAGUGAAGAUUUAAAACUGUCUUUAAAACAAGAACUGUUACUGGGAAUACAGGAAGAACCAAUAGUGAAUGUGAAGUGGAAGAUAUGUGAUGCUGUGUCGGAGAUAGCUCGCUGUUUACUAGGUACAGAAUAAUGUGUUUUUGCACAGGGGGCAUAACUACCGUCAGUAACAAGUGUAAAAUAAUCAAAAUAAUAAACUUACUUUAAAAGAUUUCCAUAAAUUCUUCACAAGAAUGUCAACAGAGAGAGCAAAAAAAUAUUAUCUAUACUGUUUGAAGCACUAAUCCUCAACUGGUAGUGGGCGCGUAUGAGGUAGUAGUAUAUUUAAUAAUAGAUAAUUAAUAAUAGAAGGGAUGAAACGGUGGGUCACGUCAUCGUUCGAUCAAAGCUAUUUUUGAUUUUAUAGAGCAAUUUCUGAUCAUUUACAUUUUUAAAAACUUAAUAUUGAAACUAUAGUCUACGGCGCCAACAAAUCACCGCUAUUUUUAAAAUCUGAAUGCAAAUCCGAGCAUCUCACGAGUGCCGAACUUCAUCCGACUGGAUAGGCUACUCUUGGUAGACAUAUCGCGAAAAUUGCGAAGAAAGCCUGCUGUUAAAAAUAAUUUAGGGAAAGGUUUGUAUAUGUUAUGUUAUAAUGCAGAUUUUUUUGUUCGUCUAAGAGAAUGCUAAAUACGUUGUAAUCAAAUUAUGUCUAAACGGUUAAAUUAGAAGCAUUUUAAAAAAUCACGUGACCGGUGUUUCAUCCCUUCUAUAUAUGAAAAGUUUCCUUCUAACGGAAAGUUUACUUUAGCAGUCAAACAACUUGCUGACAAAGCCCAUCGUGCCAUGAACUCCACAAGGAAAAAACUUGAUAUUUGCAAACUACCCCCACAUCUAGCAGUCAAAAUAUUUGAUAGUAUAAUUUCGCCUAUUCUUCUAUACAACUCCGAGGUGUGGGGCGCCUUUGCAAACCAUGACCUCAACAAAUGGGACCAAUCCCCAACUGAAAGAAUACACUCGAAAUUUUGUAAAAUUUACCUUGGUGUAAAUCGAAAGGCAACUAACAUAGCAAGCAGAGGUGAAAUGGGAAAAUUCCCACUACUGAUUGCUAUUCUCAAAAGACUUAUGAAAUACAUAAUACACAUCAACACCCCACCCGAUUAUACCAUUGUAAAGCAAGCGUUUCUUCUUUCUAAGGACUUGUUUCUAGACAACAAACCAAGUUUCUACUCCAAUGUAAUACACUUAAUUAAAAAUUGUGCAAGUUCCACAGACGAACUCAAUGACUUAGAACUCGCAACAAACUCACAUCUACGUCAAUACGUAGAUAACGCCAAAGUCAAAUACACCAAUUUUUGGAAACACAGAUUAAACAACUGUUCCAAACUAGAUUUCUACAAAAAAUUCAAAACCGACUGCAAACUAGAAGAAUACCUUACAAACAUAAAAAAACAACCACAAAGAAGAGCGCUUAAGCCCGCCGCACACGAGAGCAACUUGCUAAGCUAACCGAGGCAGCUAGCUCAGCUAUGUAUUUUCACCGCACACGUUGGGAAAACUACUCAACAACAACAUAAUUGACAAAAUCAUUUGCAUUUUCCUCCAUUUUGUUCCAAGUCACAUGAAGAAACCAUGGUUUGUCAUUGGCUACAACAUCCCAGACGCUGAGAUUUUUCCUCGCGAGGCGAAAAAUAUCAAACACGAUAGAUAUUUCCCUCAAGGCCUCGAGAGGUCAAAUCCUCACGAAAACUAUCCGCACACGAGAGCAACUUGCUGAGCUAAUCGCCUCGCGAGGCGGUUAGCUCAGCAAGUUGCUCUCGUGUGCGGCGUGCUUAAGCCAAUUCCGCAUAAGUUGCCAUAAACUUAAUGUUGAAUGUGGCCGUUACCACAAUGUGCCUCGUGAGCAACGGCUGUGCGAGUUUUGUGACAUGGGUGAAGUUGAAGACGAAUGUCAUUUUUCCCUAUUUUACAAAUAUUACACAAAUGAUAGAAAAAUUUUAAAUGAAAAACUGCGAUUAGAAUUUAUACGACAAAACUAAAUUGUCAUGAUGAUCUUCAAUCCAUCAUGUCAUCUAGUGACCCAAAACUGUUAAAUGUAUUUUCGAACUACAUCCUGACCUGUUUCACCAAACGAAAUGAAUGCCUUGAAACCGGAAAUAACAUAACAAGACCUACUAACUAAUGGUCCGGCCUUACAUAAAUACAUAUAUGUCUUGCUAUACUAGCCUAAAUUGAAACUACUUUAAACUUGUAAAUAUUAAUUGAAACUACUAAUUUGUAAAUAGCUAGUAUUGUUACUUGGUAGAUUAGUUAAUUGUUAAUAUUAGUUACUCUGAAUGCUUUAGCAAUACCUGUAAAUAGGUCAUGCGAAUGAAGCUCUUUUAAGCAUAAGCAUAUAUUACUUUAUUUAUAUUAAUUAGCCUUUCUCACGCCGCCAUUUUUGGGUGGCAUUUCAGCUGAAGUCUGUGCGAUAAGUCCACAUAACAGCGACUUUUUAUAAUUUUUUGGACGAAUGAUGGUAAAUUUGCUUUGUAAAUGGUUAGUUUAUUUUGAAAACUUGCUUUUCACAUUGUUUUAAUUGUCUGCAUUGGAUAAUGAAAAUUUGAUGCCACGCAAAAAUGGCGGAUAUUCGUCAUCGUGAGAAAGGCUAAUUAUGCUAUUAUCUCAUACGCGCCUGCAUUACUUACCUGUUGAGGAUUCUGUAGUACUUAAUAUAGAUUAUUUCUUUGCUCUUUCUCUAUUCAUAAAAUAUUCAUCGAUGUUUGUUGCGAAGAAUUUAUGCAAAUCUUUUAAAGUAAGUUUAUUAUUUUUAUUAUUUUACGCUUGUUACUGACAGUAGUUGAGCCCCCUAAGUUUUGUUCUAAAUUCAACUACAGUGUAACUGCAUGGCUUGAAUUUGGCUUGAGAGAUAUGAAGGCAAAUAUGACUGAUAUUGUUGCCUAAUUCCAGUCCCCUUUUGCGGUUUACUGUCUGCCUCCUUCGCAGGCCCUCGUUGUGUCAUGGGAAGGUCACGAUUUCGAGAGGGCCUGCGGAAUAUUGUAAAAUGAAUAAAUGUUGUUUUGAACCUGCUUCGUUAAAGAAGGCAGUUUUAUUUGUGCAACGUUGGUGUAGACAACAAACCUUAUCGUUAAAAAAUGCUUCCUUCCACGUCCUAAGAGUCGCCAGUUUAAUUUACAAGUUUCACGCCGCUUUUUUAUAUCUGUUUAUAUUCAAGAUUAUGUAGAAAUUUACUUGCUGACGUGACGCCGGCGCCAUUUUUUUUACAAGAUUCCGCAGGCCCUCGCCAGAUCGUGACCUUCCCAUGACGCAACGAGGGCCUGCGGAGGAGGCAGGUUUACUGUAAUGAUUAUUGACAGAAUGACUUAGAGAAAACAUUCACUAUCAACUUUUUGGGUUCCCUUUUUGUACCUAAAAUUAAUUAAUUAAAUAAUGAACUUGAAAUUAGUAAAGGUUAUUUUGUUCUGUAAAUUCACUCUCCUAUGCUCUGAUAAAUUGUUGAUUAUUUUGAAAAAUGAGUGUAUAACGUUUUUCAUACCAAUCUAAUUUUGUAUUUACUGUAGGUCUGAAGCCCCCUUGUUUUGAAACGAUACAUGUACUGUAAACAUGACUAAUAUUAUUUCACCAUAUGUAGAUGAAGAUGGCUACAAUCAUUGGCAAGAAUUACUGAAAUUUUUGCAUGAAUGUUGCAACUCUCAAGAUCAAAACUUACGUGAAUGCUCACUUCGUAUACUACUGUAAGUGGUGAAUAUUUAAAAAUAUUUUUAAACAAAUAUUGCAUUGAAUUUGACUUUUGUAAUAACUGGAAUAAUCAAAGGCAUAUUAUUCUUGUCAGUCAAUGCCAACACUUACUCAGACCUUGAUGAUUUCGUUUUUGUGGUUAGCCUGCUAACCACAAUGUAGAAAACCAUAAAAAUAGGUACGCAAUGCGUACAUGUGGCUAGCCUGGUAAACUUUAACUCCCCAAACCCUCCUCCAAACCCAGAAAGCCUGCCAUAAUAUGCCAUAAUGCCAUUUUUUCGUGCCUGCGAGCGAAAUUCAAAAUGUACCUGCAAAAACACAUCUUAUUUAAAUUUUGUGACCUAAAUAUUGUUAAAAUGUUAAAAGGUAUGUUCCGCGAAAGGUAUGUUCAGCCAGUCUAUAUUUUUGUUCAAACAAUUGAGUAAAUUGAUAGUAUACAACCUCGCUUGACUUUCAGAGGCCAUAAAUCGUUGCAAUGAACAUGCAAAGGUUGGCAGCUCCUAGCGAUCUACGAUUCUUGGGGCUGGGCGAGAAAGAGUUUUAAAAUUUAUUUUAGCCGUUUACGGCGAAAUAAUUUAAUAUUUUCUGGUUUGUUUUUAAAAAAUGUUGCUGUAUUAUGGAUAGUUUAUACGGUAUCUGAUACGACAAAGAAUGACGAAUAAAAAUUUUAUGGUUCAAUGGUUGAAAAAUCAACCAAGAUGGCCUCGAUUGCAAACGAGCAAUUAAUUUACUUAUUUUGGACGAAAUUAGCUAUACGCUGUAACAAUUGCUAAUCCUAUAGAGCCAAAACAAAUAUGUGUGUUUCCUAUCUCUUCUUGUAAAACGGACGCCAUUUUGUUUAGUCUGUGCUUCCACAUCGAAAGACAAAUUUCCAUUUUCCACAAACGUUUUCCUCUAAGUGGAAACACUUACAAGCAUGAUCCAAUAAAAAAGUUUAGGGUCGGGAUUUCGGCGUCCAAAAGCUAGGUAGGGUCGGGAAACCGGAAACCCACAUUUUUUGUCUAGGCUAAACACAUGUACGCAAUGCGUACCUAUUUUUGUAUGAUGAUAUGCCAACACUAAACUUGAAGCUUUCGGUAGUUUUUGAACUGCUUUGACUUUACUUUUAAUUUGAAACCACCUGCAGUAUGUCGUGAUAAUUUCUGUUUUACUUUAGAUCAUUUCCUGGCAUUUUUGGCAACCAACAAGACCACUAUUUACAAGUCAUCAAGGGAAUGUUAUGGCAAUGUAUGCAGGAUCAAUCAAGUCCCCAGGUUGGGAAUAAUGCA